CGUACGCGCUCGCGCAUUCGAAUUUCGAACGAGUCCGAUUCCAUUUUCAAACUUUUAAAAUGUUUUCGUUUACAGUGCUGAGGUGAAUCAGUGAAUUACAUCGGUGCUUGCGAUUGUGCUUUGGAACGCAUAUUUUGUGAAGGAUUUAUUUUCGAGUGGAGCGACCCUUUGAAAAUUUAAGAUGGGUUGCAAGCUGACAUUCGUCGACGACAUCCUGAACCGUUCGUUCUACAAGCUCGGUCUGCUCGUCGGCCGGAGCCCUGGCUACUUCAUCAUCAUCCCCGUACUGCUGACCCUGCUCAUGGUCACCGGGUACCAGCGGAUCAACUAUGAGAUGGACCCUGAGUACCUGUUCUCCCCGGUCAGCGGGCAGGGCAAAUAUGAGAGGAGGAUUGUAGAAGAGCAUUUCAAAGUUAACUAUUCGCAUAGAUUUAAUGUUGGACGGAUUACGAGGGCAGGCAGAUUCGGCCGUACGAUAAUCGUUCCCAAAGACAACAACACGAACAUGCUCCGAGCUGAAGUUUGGAAAGAACUGAGACAACUGGAUGAGCUGGUGCAGAAUAUAACAGUCACUUUGCCUAACGGAGAGACCUUCACGUACAAGGAGGAAUGCGCCAAGUGGGAGGGCCAGUGCUUCACCAACGAUAUUCUCAAUCUGGACAAAAUUAUAGAAGAGGUGGAACGCGGCGAUCUAAACCUGACGUUCCCUAUAAUGUUCAACCCGGUGACUUGGGAGGCCCACGCGUUCCCCGUCUACUUCGGAGGCUCGACUGUGGUCGAUGACACCAUCGUCUCUGUACCAGCUGUCCAACUCGUCUGGUUUGUGAAGGCAGACACCCCAUUGCAAAUACAAAGAGGAGCAGCAUGGGAGGACGCAUUUUUGGAUGCGGUAGGCGUAGCUGAAGACACUGGGCGAUUCAAACACAUCUCUAUCGCUCGAUUCGCAUCAAGAACACUGGAUCAUGAGCUCGAGAAGAACACCAGAACCGUUGUUCCAUUCUUCAGUUCCACGUUCAUCCUUAUGGGAAUAUUCUCCAUUGUGACCUGUAUGAUGGCUGAUUGGGUCCGCUCUAAGCCCUGGCUGGGUUUGCUUGGAAAUAUAUCAGCUGUUAUGGCCACUGCUGCGGCUUUUGGCUGUGCUAUUUAUCUGGGGAUAUCGUUUAUUGGGAUCAAUUUGGCUGCCCCAUUUUUGAUGAUUGGUAUCGGCAUAGACGACACAUUCGUCAUGUUAGCGGCGUGGCGCAGAACCUCUCCAAAGCUCCCAGUGCCUGAACGGAUGGCAAUCAUGUUGUCUGAGGCAGCGGUCUCCAUUACUAUAACAUCUGUCACUGACAUGUUGUCCUUCUUCAUUGGCAUAUUCUCCCCGUUCCCGUCUGUCCAAAUUUUCUGCAUGUAUUCAGGUCUAGCAGUCUGCUUUACAUUUGUAUGGCAUUUGACAUUCUUCUCUGGGUGUGUUGCCGUAUCAGGAUACCGUGAAAAACAGAACAGACAUACGAUCACAUUUUUGAAGGUGCUACCGGAAUCCAGAGCAAGGAAAGAAGAAAAAUCGUGGCUCUACCGAGCGUUUUGCAGUGGCGGUAUCGACAUAGCCGACCCUGACAACCCCAUCGACAACCGAGAACACUGCAUCAUGGCAUUCUUCCGCGACACAAUGGCCAAUAUCCUCAACAACAGCGCGGUUAAGGCUCUCGUCAUCGUUAUUUUCCUGGCCUACCUUGCUGGAGCCGGCUAUGGAGUCACAAAUCUGAAAGAGGGCCUUGAAAGAAGAAAACUGUCCAAAGUUGAUUCGUAUUCUGUAGAAUUUUUUGAUCGUGAAGAUUUGUACUACAGGGAGUUCCCUUAUAGAAUACAGGUUGUGAUCAGCGGGGAAUACAAUUAUUCAGACCCCAAAAUACAGGACGAAGUAGAACAACUAACGCAGAGUUUAGAAAACACAUCCUACAUAUCAAACUCACUGUACACGGAAUCGUGGCUACGGACAUUUGUCAACUACGUGUCGAGAAACAAUGACUACUUGAACGUGACUAUCGAUAAUGAAGCUGAUUUCAUUCAAAAUUUACGCGAGUUAUGGCUUUUCCCCGCUAAUCCAUUUUCCUUGGACGUAAAAUUCAACGAAGCUGGAGACCGAAUAGUGGCAUCAAGGUUUUUGAUACAAGCAAUCAAUAUCAGUGGUACCAACCAUGAGAAGGAGAUGGUCAAAGUGCUAAGAGAUGUCGUGGCUCAAUCUCCGCUCAAUGCAUCUGUUUUCCAUCCGUACUUUGUCUUCUUCGAUCAGUUCGAGCUAGUGAAGCCAACAUCCAUACAGAACUUGUGCUACGGAGCCCUGAUGAUGAUGAUCACCUCCUUCAUAUUCAUCCCAAACAUUCUGUGCUCGCUCUGGGUGGCCUUCAGUAUCAUAUCGAUAGAAAUCGGAGUCGUGGGAUACAUGGCUCUGUGGGAUAUCAAUCUUGAUUCGAUCUCCAUGAUAAACUUGAUCAUGUGCAUCGGUUUCUCCGUUGACUUCACAGCGCACAUCUGCUAUGCUUACAUGGCAUCAAAAGCGAAAUCACCAAAUGAUAGAGUCAGCGAAUGCUUAUACUCUCUAGGCUUGCCCAUAGUUCAAGGAUCCUUCAGUACAAUUUUAGGAGUAGUCGCACUUCUCCUAGCGGACAGUUACAUCUUCUCAGUAUUCUUCAAGAUGGUAUUCAUGGUGAUUUUCUUCGGAGCGAUGCACGGACUUUUGCUACCAGUACUCCUGUCUUUAUUCGGACCUGGCUCCUGUUCCAAGAAACAUGAAGAUAUCAAAAUGUCAAAAGUAGACAAAAGUUUCCCACAUCCAUACUGCAUACCACACCCGCAACUUGUUUUGAAUGAUCAGAUAUUCAAUGGAAAGAACGUAGGCCCAAAUGGAGUAUACAAAAUUUACGGAGAUGACAAGGAUUUGGGUAUCGGCACGUCUGGAGAGGACACAAGCGAGAGCAGCUCGAACCAAUCACAGCGUCGUCAAAUAGGCGAUAAUGACAGGAAAUAUGACGUCGGAUGGAAAAGGUCGAGUUACGGGCAGAAUUCUAGCCAAUUCCAGCCAUCAGGAGAGUUGGAUCCGUAUGGACUCGAGACAGACCGGGCUUGGGUGAGACCUUAUGAUGAGAGGCGUGGAGCUGAUAAUUAUAGAAGAAGUCGUGCGACUUCUAGAGACGACGACUGGGUGAGACCUACACGCAAGGUAAGCGACGCUGGUCCUCGGCGCGAGGGAACCUACAGAGUCAUGCGCGCCCAUUCCCACCACAACCUACACCGGCCGCGCGCUCCGAGGCGGUCCAACUCGCAUCACAACCUAGAACAUUUAGACUAUGUAGCCGAAAUGCGUUUUCCUUGACAAAACCGUCUCUAAAAUUAGUUAACAUAAAUCAAGUGCUCAAUUUAUGGACCAAAGUUCCAAGUUGAUGGUCAAAACUGGAAGUAACUUUGAGGUACGAAACUCACAAGUUACGUUUCCGUCAAGAUUUUGAUCUAAUAUUCAACAAAAAACUAUUUUAUAAGGCUACAUAAAAUAAUGUAUUUUUGUAGAUUGCAGCAAUUAAGACUAUUUUAAUGUAUAAAUAUUUAGCAAAAAAUUAGGCCAAAAAUGUGUGUGCGUUGCCUAUAAAAUGUGUAUGCGUGUAGAAAUUGAAUUCGCUUUAAAUUAGGUACCGGUAUGUGUUAUUCAUUAUUCUUAAUGAAUAUUCUGAUUCUUGCUGAUGUGCAUUGUACAUCAUAAGUACGAGCUCAUAUCUACAGUCAACUACAAAAAUAUCUACAAGUUGCUGAACGUCUGGUUCGUGUGUUGAUUCUAAAUUGAUAAAAAGAGGAAGGACUCUUGUGUUGUGCCGCUACCAAAACAAAACGUGUGUUUUUUCAUUAAACGGAGAUAGGUACAUAUUUUUGUAGUUUUCUGUUCCUGUCUUUCUUCCCAAAACUACCUACAUAAGAGAUUAGUUAUCAAGCAGAUUAGUGUGUAAAUAUCCAGUGUUACAUUUAUUUGGCAUCUGGACUCAAUGUCAUUUCCAGAAAGGUGCAAAUACCCUAAUAUGUCAGUAAUAUAAGUUUUAGUUAAUCUCUAGUAAAGUUGUAAUUAAGAAGAAUUAUGUUAGUGUGAUAAAUUGAUAAUACUGGGUGGGUGAAAACUGUGUAUAUAUUUGUGUAUUUAAAAUAGUUUAAGUCCACUUCUUUUGUGAAAGCUUUAAGAUUCUUGACAGAUGCUGUAAAUAUUAGUUGAGCUACUUAUAGGUAUCUUGUGGCCAUUUCCGUUUCCUUUGCAUUAUAAAGAUGAGGCCAAUUUUUCAUCUGAUUUUAAAAAAAACGAAUGAGGAGACACACUGAAAGGUUAGGAGAGGUGUCGCCAUGGCAACCGUCUUAGGUAUGGAGCGUAAUGAGUUGCAAUGCCAGAAAUUUGUUACAUAAAAUGUAGUGAUUUAAGAGUGACAGAAGACAGGUUUAAUGGCGCCACCUGACGUGUUAAGGUGUCAGUUUGUCUCCUCAUUACCACUCGAAAUAUCGCUCUUGGCCUCCUUUGACGUUUAACCCUUAAAUGCAUAGUGAUGUAUAUAUGCAUCAUGCAUUUUUGACUCUAUUGACAGCAUGUCAAAGUUUAAAUUUGAAUAAAUCUUUGUCAAGGUCAUGCAUUUAAGGGAUAUGUUGCCGCCACAGACUUCCAAUACAAUUAAUUUAAUAAUUUAGCGUCAUGUGCCGUACGUUAUGUAUAUUUUAUUUAAUAGUAUUGAAAUAAAUCGUAAAAUUGUCUAAGAAAAACAUUAUCGAAAUUGAAUCAGUGAGUGAUAAAUAUACUCUGUCAGUAAAUAAGAACAAAGAAAACUAUAUGCAUCCUUUUCUUUAAGGUGCUAGAGAAAAGGAUACCUAUAGUUUUCUUAGUUCUUAUUUACUGACAGACUUGUUUGACAGAAUAUAAUUGUUAUCGAGUGUACAUCUCCUAUUAAUGUAUGGAGUAUUGUACACAUUUUUAAUUCUACGAUUUAUUGCAUGAAUCGCAUGACAUGAUAUGAUGUAGUGGUCACAAUAGUUGCGUGAACAACUCAAAUAACAUAAUUACUUGUUAAAUUUUUAACUUCUGAUUAGCAGAAACGUCUGCAAUCGAUGCCACUAGGCUUAGAAUAAAUUUAAGAGUGGAAAAUGUUUGCCUUGGGUGAGAUUUGAACUCACGGCAUCUGGAUCGAUACUCCAGCGCUCUACCAACUGAGCCACCAUGACUUCAACCAAGCCAGCGAAAUUUUCCACCACCAACUCCGGUUGCCGUUUAAGAAGUUUAACACUCUUACGGUAGAUGUCGC